GCUGAUUUUUAAUCACUGUUUGUUUGUGAACAUAACGAAUCUCAAAUUAACUAAAAAACGCCGAAAAAUUACUAGCAUGCCUGAAUUUACAGUGAAUUUAGUACUUAGUGAUAUUGAAGGCACAACGACCUCCAUCAGUUUUGUAAAGGAUGUGCUCUUUCCCUACGCAAAAACUCACACUAAAGCAUUUCUGGAGGAAAGAUGGCCUGAUGCAGAAACACAACGUAUCGUCCAGGAUUUGCGCAAGCUGCCACAAUAUAAGGAAUAUUUUGGAGGUGGCGAUGAACAACCAGCCGCUUCCGCCGGAAACAUUGCUAGUUUUGUGAAUUUCCUUAUUGAAAAAGAUCUCAAACUUGGACCACUGAAAACCCUGCAGGGGCUAGUGUGGGAGAAAGGAUAUGCAAGCGGCAAUAUUAAAGGACAAGUUUUCGCAGAUGUUCCGGGGGCAUUUAAACGUUGGCAUGAGGCUGGCAUAAGCAUUGCAAUUUAUUCUAGUGGUAGCGUUAAGGCGCAGCAGCUACUUUUUGGUCAAACAGAAUUUGGGAAUUUACUAACGUAUAUUAGCGGUCAUUAUGACACUGCCAUUGGUCACAAGCAAGAGAAGGAAUCGUACGUCAAUAUAGCGAGUGACUUGGCAUUAUCUAGUAAAGACAUACUGUUCCUAACUGAUGUAGUUAAAGAGGCUGAAGCAGCUCGCGAUGCUGGAAUGCAGGUCGUCAUACUUAAUCGUCCCGGCAAUGCACCAUUGACUGACGAUGACAAAAUUGCAUUUACAAUAGCGGAUACUUUUGACAACUUAAAGAUAAAUUUAAAAUAAUAAUUGAGGCUACGUAAUUACUUCUUAAAAACCAAA